AUGGAUUAUUCCACGCUCGAUAUUGUUUUUGCUUCUUUUUUUUUAGCGAAACCUCGUUCAUCCGAGAUUUCGUUUCCUUCUUUUUUCUUUCUCUUCUCUCUUCGCGCCUUUUCUUUCUUUUCUAUCUUGCGUUCUUUCUUUUUUCUCUUGCGUUCUUUAUUUCUUCCCUUUCUUUCUUGCGUUAUUUCUUUUUCGUUCUUUCUUUAUCCCUUUCUUUCUUUCUUUCUUUCUUUCUUUCUCGUCUUUCGUUCUUUCUUUUCUGUUCUUUCUUUUCUGUUCUUGUCUUUCUUUCUUUUCUGUUCUUGUCUUUCUUUCUUUCUUUCUUUCUUUCUUUUCUGUUCUUGUCUUUCUUUCUUUCUUUCUUUCUUUCUUUUCUGUUCUUGUCUUUCUUUCUUUCUUUCUUUUCUGUUCUUGUCUUUCUUUCUUUCUUUCUUUCUUUCUUUGCUAUCCUAUUUUCUUUUCUUCCCUCGGUUUAUUUAUCUUCAUUUUUACCCCAUCAAUGAUAGAGUUCUGGAUCAUUCUUUCUUUCUUUCUUUCUUUCUUUAUUUUCAAUUUUUUUCGAUUCCAUUUUGA